AUGUUUUCUGACAAUGCAACAAAUUUUGGUGGUACUAGUAGAGAACUGACUAAAUUCUAUAAUCUUGUUAAGAACCCAGAUGAAUCUUUAAGAAAUUACUUGACUUCUGAAGAAGUAAAAUGGAGGAACUGUUUGUCUCCUACAGCUCCCAAUUUUGGAGGUCUUUGGGAAGCAGGAGUCAGAUCACUUAAGUAUCACCUUACAGGUGUUGUAGGGGAAGCAAAACUUACAUAUGAAAAAUUUCUCACAGUGACUCUUCAAACAGAAAGUAUAUUAAAUUGUAAGUCCAUCACUCCAUUACAGACAGACGAUGAUUGUACUGAAGCUCUAACUCCAGGUCAUUUUUUUAAUGGCUAA